AUGUCAGCACCAACAGCAGCGCGACACCCUAAACCGCCAGCACGCUGGUACCCCAGCGACACCCCAGCACCCCAACCCUGCCUGAACCCCGGCACCCCGACCUGCGAGCACCCUGGCACCCCGAAGUGCCAGGGCAAACACCCCGACCCCACCAGCACCCCGGGAGCCCAACCCUGCCGGUGCCGCUGCAUCCCUCAGCCCAGCCCUGCACUCGCCGCCGCCGUUCACCCCGUGCCCCCGUCGGGACACGCCGGUGUCCCCUCCCAAAUCCUCUCAGACCCCCUGAGCCCCCCCAGAUCUCCCGCACCUCACGCCCCCCCCCAAUACCGAGUUCUCCGCAUAGGCCUCUCUGAUUGGCGGCCGCUGCUGUCCGUCAAGAGCGCGCCCUCUCGCUAUUGGCCACUGCCGGGAACACCCUCCCCUAAACACGGCGGGUCCGGUGGCGGCGGCUCCCGGCGGUUCCCCCUACGGACCAGGUCGGGGGGGUCUCGGGAUCCCGGGCCUCUCCCCGUGGGUCGUGGGGAAGGAUCAGCACAGGGCCGAGCUUGCGCUGCCCGCCGCGACUCGAGACUCGCGGGGCACGCUAGGAGUUGUAGUCCCGCCGCUCGCUGCGGCCCCGCCCCGAACACGGAAGUGCGCGAGGCCACAGGCGGAGGCGGCUCUAAGAUGGCGUCGCCUCCUCAGGGGGGCCCGAUGGCCAUCGCCAUGCGGCUGCGGAACCAGCUCCAGGCCGUCUACAAGAUGGACCCGCUGCGGAACGAGGAGGAGGUGAAGGUGAAGAUGAAGGAGCUGAACGAGCACAUCGUGUGUUUCCUGUGCGCCGGGUACUUCAUCGACGCCACCACCAUCACCGAGUGCCUGCACACCUUCUGCAAGAGCUGCAUCGUGAAGUACCUGCAGACCAGCAAGUACUGCCCCAUGUGCAACACCAAGAUCCACGAGACGCAGCCGCUGCUCAACCUCAAACUGGACAGGGUCAUGCAGGACAUCGUCUACAAGCUGGUGCCCGGCCUGCAGCACAGUGAGGAGAAGCGGAUCCGGGAGUUCUACCAGUCCCGUGGCCUCGACCGGGUGACGCAGCCCAGCGGUGACGACACGGUGGGGGGUGACCCCAUGGGGCUCCCCUACAGCACCUUUGACCACUCGCGCGCGCACUAUUUCCGCUACGACGAGCACGUCUCGCUCUGCCUGGAGAAACUGAGCUCCAGCAAGGACAAGAGCAAGGCCAUGCUGCAGCAAAAAUACGUGAGGUGCUCGGUGCGGGCACAGAUCCGACACCUGCGGAGGGUCCUGUGCCACCGGCUGGGGCUGUCCCUGCAGCACGUGCAGAUCCUCUUUGACAACGAGCCCCUCCCUGACCACAUGACAAUGAAGCAGCUUUGGCUCUCACGCUGGUUUGGCAAGCCUGCACCCCUCCUGCUGCACUACAGCAUCAAGGACAAGAGGAGGUAGGGGCAGGGGGUGGGCACUGCCCCCCCAGUGCAGCCCUGCUCCCGCCCCCCCACCCCCCAUAACUUAUACCCUUCUUUGAAUUUAUUUUUGGAAUAAAAUUGUUCAAAAGUC